GGGACCGCGUUUCUCCUCGGCUAGGCCGUGCCCACUAACAAUCCCUCAUCGGCUCAUCUCUCAGGGAGGCCUUUCCCUCAGAGGGCACAGUUAGAGGGGAGGGAGGUUGCUUUCGCCUUCCAUCUUGGGGUUCGGCUGGAGGAAGCAGCCAUAACUGAUUGUGUCAGCUACUGGAGGUUUUGAAGUCAAGAGAAGCUCUUUUCGAGCUGCCAGGAGCUAUGGCGUUUUGCAGCUUCAUUAUGUUUCAUACCUUUUCCUAGUUCUGUUGAGGAAGGAAGAUGGCUCAUGCUCUCCCUCUUCCAAUUCCCUGCCCAGUCCAGCUUGGAAGUAUAAAAGGUGACUCCCUGGAAGCUCAGCUGCAUGAGUAUGUCAGGCAGGGAAACUAUGUGAAAGUGAAGAAGCUUCUGAAAAAAGGUAUUUUUGUUGAUGCUGUAAAUUCCAUGGGCCAAACUUCUCUCUUCACUGCUGCAUUGCUAGGUCUUGGUAAAAUAGUGGAUGUCCUGUUGGAUUAUGGCUCAGACGCUAAUCAUCGCUCUUACGAUGGAAGCACCCCAGUCCAUGCAGCUGCAUUCUCAGGAAAUCAGUGGAUUCUUAGCAAGUUAUUGGAUGAAGGAGGUGAUCUGAGAGUACAUGAUAAAGAUGGAAAAAGUCCUCAGUACUGGGCUAUGUCAGCUGGAAAAGAAAGCAGUGCUCAGAUGCUGGAAUUUAUACAGCGUUGUACAUUCCACAUGCAGGCUGCCAUUCAAAAUUUUCCCUCUGAUCUACUCAGGAAGGUUGGUUCAUCAAAAGCGCUGGUCUGCAGUCCGUCUAGGUUUGGUGGUCUUGUUCAAGGAAAUGUUGACAGUCCUCUGGGUAGAUUUCUAAAAGGUGGAGCUAAUGCAGCCAAGAGCAUUUACAGCUUUGGUUUUGGGAAGUUUUAUCUUGCAGGCAGUGGGCAUCUAGGGUACUUGGCAUCUCUCCCUAUUAUUGGGGAAAAAGAUGUGGUUCAGGCAGAUGAUGAACCAACAUUUUCUUACCAUGUUGGACCAUACAUGAUCAUGACAAACUUAAUGUGGGGAGGCAGCAGAGUUACAGUGAAGGAACUCAGCUUUGAGCCCCAUCAGAACUGUAGUAAACUACGCUUAGCUGAUCUUCUCAUUGCAGAGCAGGAACGUAGUAGUAAACUCCGUCAUCCUCAUUUGCUACAGUUGAUGUCUGUUUGUCUGUCUAGUGACUUGGAGAAAACCCGUUUAGUAUAUGAAAGAGUUAACUUUGGUUCUCUGUACAGCAUCCUUCAUGAAAGGCGUACAGAAUUCCCAGUACUGCAUAUGGAGACUAUUUUGCAUGUGCUGCUUCAAGUUAAUGACGCUUUGCGUUUUCUACACUCCCGUGGAUUUAUCCACCGUUCUGUUACCUCCUAUGCUAUUCAGAUUGUUUCUUCCGGUGAAGCAAAGCUAUGCAACUUGGAAUACAUGAUAGAGAGCAAAGAUGGUGGAGAACACAGUGAUCUGACACGUAUUCCUGUCCCAGUCCAGCUGUAUAAGUGGUGCUCUCCUGAAGUAAUCCUUGAAAAAGUUGUCACGGUCAAAUCGGAUAUUUAUAGCUUCUGUACAGUAGUGCAGGAGGCUUUGACAGAGACCCCUCCCUGGAAAGGUCUUGAAGACUCAGUUAUUAAACAGCUCAUAAUUUCGGGACAGCAGUUAGAAGCAGAUGUCAGACUUCCUAUGCCCUAUUAUGGUAUUGUGAAGUCAGGGCUAGAACCUAAACCCAAGAACCGCUCCAUGAAACUUCAGGAUAUUCAGUACAUACUGAAAAAUGACUUAAAGGACUUAACUAAGUCUCAAACUGGUCAUGCUGAUGAAACGCCAAAAGCACAAAGACCUGCUGUUUUUGCAGAUGUGAACAUCUGUUUGGCAUCAGCUUUUAGCUACCAGAGGAGAACACAGGAAUUGCAGGGAAAAGAGAUAACUGAGGCUGACAGCUCUACUGCCCCAAGAUACUCUCUUUUUCCUGAGGAGAAUAGUGCAUUAGUGGACCAAGAGGCAUCAACCAGCCUACAGCCAGUUGCACAGGACAAAAAUUGUGACGUAGCUUCUGAACUCCAGACGACCCUCAGUGUCAGUGAUGUGGAUGACAGCCUCUGUAGCUUUGAAAUCAAUGAAAUCUUUGCCAGUUAUUCAGAACUUCAUGAAGACUUCCUGGAAGAAGGAGCUGGAUUAGGUCAAGCUCUAAACAAUGAAAAAAGGCAGCAAAAGGAAGAAGAUAAGGCUACCCUCAGAGACCUGGAUGCAUCCCCUGAAGUGCACUGUGAGGAAAAGCCAGUUUAUGAGGAAGGUGGCUUUUCAGAAUCGAGUACAGAGUACACUACGGAAGAGGAGGAGAGGAUAAGUGAGACCUCUGACCUAUGCAUGCUGGCACAGGUGAGACAAGAUUUUGGGAGAAGAAUGAGUAGUCUGUCCCAAAAUGAGCAGCACAUCAGCAAAUGCGUCCUUAAUUUAAAGAUUUUUCAAAGCAUGUUGCAGCAGGCAGCAGAUUCCCUGUGCAGAACAGAGGAGAAACUGGACAAAUUAGAGGCCACUGAAAAGCAAAAGAAGCUGCUCCAGGAAAUUGGAAUGAACCAGCUUUCUAAGCAAAUUUGUCAAGAAAGACAUUGGAACAGAUCUGAUGAUACUUUCCAAAAUACCAAUAACCCUUUUUCUGGAGUUAAUACUUUUUUAUGGAAGGCUAUAGGUCCACCAUCAAGUGACUAUAUUCCACCACUGAUAACACAUCAGGCACAAGGAGCGUUCGGUGGAGACAGCUUCCAAGCUGUUUCAAAGACAGCAAAAGAAAUGCAGGCAAUUCAAAAUGAAAAGUGGAAGUGUUUUUAUGAAAUGAGUAAGGGUAAAAAUGAAAACAACCAUCGUGAUCUCGGCUUCCGUGUGGUGAAAAGCCUGGAUGAUGAAAUGAGCGUAGACCAUGAGCAUUUACUCCCACGUGUAUCUGUAAGAUGCAAAAAAAAGUUCAGCUUGCAGUGUCAGAGAGGAGGUGAUUCACAUUCUGCAGCAAGUGGAAGUGAAGAAGAGAGGUGGUGCUAUCCAAAAUCAAGAUCUGAAAUUUACAGUACAAAAAUAAGUGAGGAGAGAAGGAUGAUGCAAUCAGAAUGGAGGACAGAAGUAAAACAAAUGGCCAGAAGAGUGGCCUCAGGACAGCUAGAACUUGGCUCUCCAUAUCCAGCCAGUGAAUACACAUCUGAAAGUGAAGCAGAGAGUAUAAAGGAAGCCUUUCAACAUGUCACUGUUAGAGUCCAAAAAAGUCAAGACCUACAAAGGUGGCAGACAGGUGAUAAUGUUGAGCCUUGGGAUCCAGGCAGUGAGGAUAGAUCUGAAUCUGAGGAGAGUGAUCUGGAGUCUGCAUUCAGAAGUUCUGGAGGGAGAAGUUGCCAGUCGCCAUCACAAGAUGAACAGGCAGAGUCUGGAAUAGCUAUUCAUAAGAAUUCAGUCCUUCCUCAACAAGUCGAGAAUCUCACUAGAGGGCAUUCAAGGAAAUUACAUUGUUCCCUUAAUUCAUCUCCUGAUAUGUCUGAAGAAUUCUUGACUCCUGAUCCUCAUUCUUUCCUUCCUCCUACUACUCAGGGAAGUUCACAACUAGAGACCUCAGAUGCUGAGGGCAAAUUAGAAGAUGCUUGUGAAGGAUUUUUACAGAAACAGUUACCUGAAGAAGCAGGAUCAGGUAUUCAGGUUUCAGGAGGAAAAAUGCUAUUUUGCAGCACAGCGAUGCAGAACUCUGGCAGUAACACACUAGGAGUGAAUCAGCUUAGCCAUAUGCCUGUAGCCAGUGUUGAAGCAGCACGAGAAGUGGUACUGUGGGAGCCACAGGAAGAAUGCAAUGAAAAAGACGUAUCAGCGACAGAUAUUCAGGAUUUGUCAAGUAUCCCCUGUGAGCAAGAGAACUACUACAGGGAUAUAGAUUGUGAAACACCCAGAGUGAGUCAUGCACCAACUAGCGUCAGCACUCCACUCAACUCAGAAGAAAAAAUUCCAGUAGCCUUUGAGAAAUACAAACACUGCCAUGAAGUAGCUUCAGAUUCUUCCUUUUGUGGUUCUCAAGAGACCUCCUCUUCAGUGUCCAGGACAUUCACUACAGCCUGUGGAGAGGGAAGGAACACUGAAAUUCCCUCGGUUGCUUCAGGAGUUUCCUCAUCUGAAUUGAAUGAGCCUGAUGGGUUGCCAGUAGUUGCUUCAUCCUUGAGAAGCACCAGGAAAGCAUCUGCACUCUCACAGGCAUCUAACCACUUCAUUGAUGAGCUGCCUCCACCAGCCCAAGAGCUGCUGGAUGAAAUUGAAUAUUUAAAGCAGCAAGAUUCCAUCACUCAAGACUUCAAAGAGAAGGGAUUGUAUGACUGCAAAGUGCAAAGAAAUGUUCCCGAUCAAAUUAAAAUGGAAGACAGAGAGUCAAGCAAAGAAUCUGAGGGAAAUGAGGAGAGAAAUCAUAGUUUAUGGACUGAGGAGUCAUUUAAUCUAGCAGAGGAAACAGAAAGGGCUCACUCUACUCUUGAUGAUAUUUUAGAAAGUAUGCUCCAUGCAAUUCCUGGAGGUGAAGAGGUCCAAGAACAACCUCAGGGACGCACUCUCGGCACUAAAGAUAAGAGCCUAAUAACUCUGAACAACUCCACAGUAAAUGCCAACACGCGUCCUGAAGAUCAGAAAUCCCGCUUACAGCAGCAGCAGUCUUCAUCUUUGCCAUUCACGGUAAUUGUUUUGGAUCAGAGCUCUCCUACAUGAUUAAAAUGGAUGGUGAAUAAAUUCUAGUAUAUGACCUGCUUACUGCUGCUUGUACAGUAUACAGCCUGUGAAUUGCAACCCUUUUUGGCCACAUAAAGAAUUCUAAAGCUCGGACUUCCUUUAACUGCAGCAGCAAGUACAGAAGAAAAUCUAAUGCUCUACUUUGUAAUACAGUUUGUACUGGUUUUACACCAUCAUUGCAUGUAAAGGCAGUAUCAAUAAUACUGCAGAACUGAAUGUUUUCUGAAUAUAACAUCCUUAUGAAGCUGGCUACGUGGUGGGGGUUUUUUUCUGUGUGUGCAUGCUUUCAUAAGCAAAAGAAUUUCUUGCUCUGUUGCAUUAUGCAGCUUUCAGUGUUACAGACAAAAUGAUUGUAGUUCUGUGGACUGCUGUUACUGCUCAGGCACUUAAAUUUUUCCAUGCUGGAGUGUGGAGCACGGUUACAGCCCAUGUAGUGUAUGUUUUUCCUUGCUCAUUAAAUUUAACAAGGUAAUUUCUUGUUUUCUCUUUUCUUAGUGCUUUUGUGAUCUAGCGUUGAACUGAUUUGACUGAUUAAGGGGAUUAAUUGCUGUGCAAAAAGCUAAUGAGAAAAAGGCAGUGUUCUCCAGAGAUUGCAAAUGCAGCAAUACAUUCCCUGCCAGCAUUAGACAAAACUAUGAGAAAAUCUGGUUAGUAUUACGAAGAUACCUGUUGUGUAAUUAAACCACACUUUUGGUAGGCCUCAUCCAAAAAAAAAAAAAAAAAGUCCCUGGAUAUGAUUGAGCUUUGGAUCAGGAUUUUGAUGUGCACAGCAGCUUCGUAUUCAACUUUUCUUGUGAUAAAUACUGUUCAGGUGCAGGAGGUGUGAAGAUUGUCCUUGUCCCUUUUUAACAGACACUGGGAUUUUAGCUGGUUGUACCCCAUGUUGUUUUUUCGUUCCUGUUCAUGUAGGGAAGUGCUGCCUAUCUGUAACUGUUAGUUAAUUUGGUUUAACAAUACUUAAUAAAAGUUUCCAAGGUUA